AUGUCGAAUCCAGCUGGUGCUGCGUCCGUUCCGCCGCCAGGCAUGGCCGGUCUUCCACCACCGCCGCCCUCCUUUGGCGCGCCCAUGGACCAAAGCAACGCAGAAGAGGCGCCGCCGCUGCCAGCCGAUGCGGGCAAGACGCUCUAUAUCCAGAAUCUCAACGAAAAGGUCAAGCUCGAGACGAUGAAGGCGACGCUGGCCAACCUCUUUUCCAACUAUGCCAACGUGCUCUCGGUCACUUCUCACAAUAACGUGCGCAUGCGUGGUCAGGCUUUCGUUGCGCUCGACAGCGUCGAGGCUGCCGACAAGGCACGUCGCGAGGCGCACCUCUUCCCGCUGUAUGGCAAGGCGAUGAAGAUCAGCUUUGCCAAGUCCAAGUCGGAUGCGGUGGUGGCGCGAGAGACGGCCGAAAGCGGCGGCAAGGAAUCGGACGACUUCCAAAAACACAAGGAGCAGAGGCUCGAACACAAAAAGAUGGCGCGCAGAGGCAACGUGCUUCGAAGGAGAGAGCUCGAGAAGAAGAUCCGUGCAAAGAGGGCCGCAGCAGGAGAGAUCGCAGAGCCCGAAAAGGCGUCCGGCGCAGCUGCCAAGCGCGCGCAGCACGACAUGCCCGACGAGUAUCUGCCACCCAACAAGAUGCUCUUCCUCCAAAAGAUCCCCGAUGGCGUCGGCAAGGGCGAGCUCGAGAGCCUCUUCUCAGCAUACUCUGGCUAUGUGGAUGUGCAAACCAUCCCGGGCAAGGCCGACAUUGCCUUCGUCGAGUUUUCCGACAUUCCCUCCAGCGUCACGGCGCGCGGCGCGCUCAACGGCUACAACUUUGGCGCCGGCGACAAACUCAAGCGGCGCGCUGCUGCAGCGUUUCGCCGCAUCGACAUGUCGAGAUUCGGAGGCCGAUUCGUGCCCAACAUCGAGCACGAGGUGCGCAGGCAGGCGACCGAGCCCGUUGCCAAAUGGCGACAAGAGUGGGUGAUCCCCUCGGGCACGUCGGAUGCAUCUUCGUCGACUGCUGUGGGCGUCAAGAUCCUCAAGUGGGUGCGCGCCGACACGUUCGCCACGUUUCCCGAGGAGCAAGACGUGCAAGCUGAAGACCGCAUUUCGGACGAUGCGGCGAUUGUCGAGGCGCCCGUACAGAGCAUCCACAACGCGCCUGCCGUGCCGACACCGGCUGCAAGUCUGAGCGUCAGUGGCGGACUCGGUACGAUAGCGCCCAAAGAGCCGGCGCCGGCUGUUGCAUCGGCCAUUCCGCCGCAUAUGGCGCAGGUUUCGGAGCCUACGUCUGGGGCCAACACGACGCGAGUUAGCACGCCUACCGACUCGGUCGCCACGCCUGCGGCCGGAGAGGACAGCACACCAGCACCAGCAACUGCGGCAUCGACGGCAGUAGAGGCAAUGAGCCAAGGCCCGUCGUCACAGGGCGAGGGGACCGCGACGGGAACGGGCGCCAAUACGCCGCAGCUUCAGCCCCAGGUAGAGGCGCAGCUGCACACCCAGCCCACCACCGCGCCUACCACCGACACGGCCACACUCGCCGUGCUUGCGGCUGCUGGCAGUGCGGAACACGCCGAGACGCAGCCACAAGACCCAGCGCCCGCGACCGAGGCGUCAUCAUCCACCGAUGUAGACAUGAACCAAGCCUAG